UUUGUUUUCGCAUCCAUUGGCUUCACCAUCUAACAGCAGAACUUGACGGUGCUGCAACAACUCUGGUCAUGGCCUCUUAUCCGACGUAUUACGAGAACUCCAGUGCCAACAGUGGAGUUGCCAGUGGUGGGAGUCCAGCACUUGAAGAAGACAGACAUAAUCCAACAGCAGAUGGAAACAGUUCCAUGUGUUACUGCACAGAGUCUAAUGAAACUGGUGGGAUUAAGGGAGAUUCUGAGGCAGCCGGGACAAAAACUGCGGAGGAAUCGGAAAAUGGGUGCACUUCUGAAACUGGCAGCAGCGUGGCCACCUAUCGUGCGAGCAUUCUCGACUUGCCGGAUGAGAUUAUGAUAAAGAUCAUGUCGUACCUGACCUUCAGUGAGCUCUUAGACGUAGUGCAGAAAGUGUGCUCGCGUUGGAAGUGUCUGUCCCAAGAUGCGGAAUUGUGGUACGACAAAGUAUACGUUGUCAGGAGCUGGUGCUGCAGCCACUCCGCCACUCGAAGGGGCGACAAAACGGAUCGGGAGGCGGUGCAGACGCUCUACAAUGCGCCCAACCUGCGUACGGUGCUCAUCCAGCGGGGAGCCAAGUCGAGCGUCUUCCGCGCGCUCUACACCAACUGCCGACAGCUGACCAACCUGCAGAUUGGUGCCACGCAGAAACUGAGUUACUCGGUGAUGAAGAGCCUGGUGGAGAAGUGCUCGAAGAUCCACACGCUGCGUAUCUCGAACCACCUGCUGCAGAGCCCGAAGUUCGUGGAGGCGCUAUCGCAGCUGCAGCACCUGCACUGGCUGCAGCUGGAGGAGUAUUCCGCGACCGACCGGCGCGUCCUGCUGCGCCCGCUGGCCGACGGCUGCCCGCAGCUGUCCGAGAUCGACCUCGGCCACAUGUACUACGACUUUGAGGACCUCGCCUACUUCCUCAGGGCCAAGAGCCGCAACCUCAAGUACCUGGGCGUCCGGUGGUCCAUGGAGUCUAGGAGAUGUAUCGUCCCACUGCUAACAGUGUGUGCAGACACCUUGGAACGUCUCGAACUUUACCAGUAUGACGUGCCUCGCAAUGAGGCGCGUGAGGCAUUUGUUGCUCUGGGAAAGCUUCAGAACCUGCAAGAACUCACGUCAAUGUCCUUGGACUCGUCUUUAACAGGAAUUGUUCCUCUGGCAUUCAGGGAUGGAGGCUUGUCGAAGCUGAAGCUGUUGGAUCUGUGGGACGGAUACGGCCUGGAAGACGACGCUGUAGUCGCUAUAUCCCUGGGAUGCCCUGUUCUGCGGGAGCUGAGGCUGCGUCACGCUAUUCGGAUUUCUGAUGCAGCAUUUUCGCAGAUCCAUCAUCUCAAAUGCUUGCAACUCCUGGACCUGUCCGCAUGUGAAGGCCUGGGUGGUGCCCUGAUGCCGUACCUCGCGCGGCUUCCAGUGUUGCGUGCGCUGCUCAUGGAGGAGAUGAACUUGUCGCAACUCCAGCCGGGCCUCACCUGCAUCCUCGACCUGACCAAUCUGCGCUGCCUCAACCUCAACUCCUGCAACGUCCGAGCUGUGCCCUUCGCCAAGUUCCCUGACAGGCUUAUAAACCUCAGGAAGCUACAUCUAGAGAACAGCGAGGGUGAUAGAAGCGUCGUGGAAGAAUUGCACGAGCGAAUGGCCGAUCUGCAGAUUUUUGGCAUGGUGCGUGACGAGCCUCCGUCCGUGUUCUCCGAGAGCGACUUGAGUGACGACUCCUCCGAUUAUGAUGAUGAUGACGAUGAUGAUGAUGAUGAUGUGGGAGGAGGGAACGGAGCGGGUCCAGGUAGUGGCAACGCAGCCGGAAACUACAACUCUGAGAAUUACUGCGCCGGCGGUGCCUGCAGCGACAUUGAAGACGUCGACGUCUCACUCCUGUUUCUGGAGAAUGGGGAGCUUGAGUGACCCAGCAUUGAGAGUGACCCUGAAAUUUCACAUUUGAAGAAUAAACGAAUGUUGCAUGUGUGAUUCAGAAUAUGAAAAUUCUCACUACAGUGUGAAAUGCUCUGAUCUUUGAUGAAAUUUGUUACCUGAAAGAAAGAAGAAAAGUUUUCUGUAACAUUACCUGCAAUUUUGCAGUAAUGUUCUUUUACGGCUCUUGUUUCUAAAGGGUGGAUAAUUUUCUUUUAGUAGUACCAACAAGUAUU